GGCGGUGACGCCGCUCCGGGUGGGGGUUGGCUCUCAGUCACGUAGCUCUGCGGCAUCACAAUUGACUUUAUUUAACGGGAGGCGGAGGGGAGGAAACCCGCAUUGACAUAGCGGAGCCGCAGCUGGAGAGCCGCAGCCGCAACCCACCCACCCACCGCCAGACAGACAGACAGACCCACCGACCCCCCGACCGACAGACAGACCGCACCCGCGGUGAGAGCUUUGAAUUGAAAGAUGACGCACCAAUAUCCCGCGCUCAGUCCUGACCAGAAGAGGGAACUCUCCGAGAUUGCCUUGCGGAUUGUUGCUCCAGGGAAGGGCAUCCUGGCCGCAGAUGAGUCUGUGGGGAGCAUGGCUAAGCGUUUUGCCCAGAUCGGGGUGGAGAACAAUGAGGAGAUGAGGCGUCAGUACCGGCAGCUGCUGCUGACCGCUGACGAUCGGGUCAAAUCCUACCUCGGGGGCGUCAUCUUCUUCCACGAGACCAUGUACCAGAGCACGGACGAUGGUGUCCCCUUCAUCAACAUCGUGAAGGAGCGAGGGAUCGCUGCCGGGAUCAAGGUUGACAAGGGUGUUGUUCCUUUGGCUGGAACCAAUGGAGAGACCACAACUCAAGGGCUGGAUGGGCUCGCCGAGCGCUGUGCCCAGUACAAGAAUGACGGCGCAGACUUUGCCAAGUGGCGCUGUGUCCUGAAGAUCACCAAUAGCACCCCGUCGUGUCUCGCCAUCAAGGAGAAUGCCAACGUCCUGGCUCGCUACGCCAGCAUCUGCCAACAGAACGGAAUCGUUCCCAUUGUAGAGCCGGAGAUCCUGCCAGACGGAGACCACGAUCUGAAGCGUUGUCAGCACAUUACUCAGAAGGUGUUGGCAGCUGUGUAUAAAGCCCUGCACGAGCACCACGUUUACCUGGAGGGCACGUUACUGAAGCCCAACAUGGUGACCUGCGGCCACAGCUGCCCCACCAAGUUCUCCCCCGAGGAAGUGGCCAAAGCCACCGUGAUCGCCCUGCGCCGCACUGUGCCUCCAGCCGUCCCAGGCAUCACUUUCCUGUCGGGGGGGCAGAGUGAAGAGGAAGCUUCUCUCAACCUGAACGCCAUCAACAAACUGCAGAUCCCCAAGCCCUGGGCCCUCACCUUCUCCUUCGGCCGUGCCUUGCAGGCCUCAGCCCUGAGCGCUUGGCAAGGGCAGGCCUCCAACGUGGAUAUGGCCAUGGAUGAGUUCCUCAAGAGAGCUGAGAUAAACAGCAUGGCCGCUCUGGGACAGUACGAGGCCUGUGAGGAAGAAGAGGAUGAAGACACGGGCACUGCCGGGGAAUCGCUGUACGUAGAAGACCACGCUUACUGAGGAGCCUGACAGCCGGCCGGCCGGCCAGCAAACCCAAAUUUAAAAAAAAUAAAAACAAACAAAAAAAAAAAAACCCCAAAACAGGCAGAAUCUCCUCAUUGCAGCCUCCACUGGCACCACAGCUCUGCUACCUUGUAAUCCGUGUGAUGUGCUGUGACGGCCUAUAUCAUCCGCUGUGAAGCCAGUCAGUCGGUCGGUCACUC